GGUAAUAUUCAAAUGCAAUUUACAUAACUAUAUGUUGUUGUAUUUGAUAUUAGGAAGUAACUCUAGGGCAUGUUAAUAAGAUGUAUUGACAUGAAGAUGGGAAGUGAAACUUGUGACGUGCUGACACCGUCUGAGGCAUUUGACCCAAAUGAGAAGUUAAGUUGCCCUGUUACACCACACAUUUCACCUACGUUAGUCAGACUCUGGGUCUAAAGCGACCUGCAAGCUAUGCAGACACGACUGUGUGACAAUAUGUUGCUGGUUCUGGUUCUGAUUCUGGUUCAGAUGUUCGGGGUUCACUCUCAGGAUCCCCAGUGGCCUCUUCACACAGUCUGCGACUCUGAAAGAAUCACGGUGACCUACAGGAGCUGCGACCCUUUGCAGGAUGUAGGUUUUACUUUCCUGCCUUGCCCUGAGAGAUUAACCGAUCUUAUAAAAAUCAGAUUGGCCUUGAUUCUGAGGCAGUCCAUCGAUGAGCUUUAUUCAUCUUACGAGCUGUGGCUAAAUGGUCACUCCAUCUUGAAACGGGACGAGCCCCUCUGUCUCCCUCAUUUCCCACGUUUUAAGUUUUGUGGAAGCAGGAGAGGAGAAAUCAUCACCGUUGAGUCAUCAUUUAAGUCAAAAAUGAAUCUUCCUUUAAAGGCUGAUUUUGAUCUUAAACUACGUGCAAUAAAUCAAGAUGGCUUCCAGAUUGCCUGUGUGAAUGCAACGCUCAGCUUUCAUUGAUCCUUUAAGAGCAGAGGACUUGUUCUUCAGCUGAGAGCAACUGUAAAAUCUGUUACAUUGUGGUAAUUACAUGUUGUUGAAGAGAGAGAGAGAGAGAGAGAGAGAGAGAGAAUUAUUACCGAAAAAUACUAAUUUCAAUAUUUAUUUUGUGAAAAUUAUUUUAGUAAAAAAAAAAAAUUGACAAAUAAAGUGUUUUUUUUUUCUCUUGAAAACUACACAGGACAUUUUUAGUGAAAAGCAUGAUUGAAAUAAAGUAUGAGACAGUAUCUGUGAAUAAAAUAAAGAAACAUA